AAUAAAUAUGCAAAUUUCCAAGAUGAUCCAUUCAGAAUUGCAGCCUGUAGACGAUAAGUACAACAACUGGGAUCUGCCCCUGCGGGGUUGGAUAUGGAACAAUAUAAAUAGGUUGCUUCGAAUACGAAACUAAAGGUUCUGGCUGUUUUAAUGAUUGUUUUCAUUUGCAUCGUUAUAGCGAUUAAUAGGACGAAAACAAAAAUCAAAUUGCCUGAGUAUAGAUCACGUUUUGUAUCCAGUGCUUCAAUAAUUCAAGAAUGGCCAGGACUUAAAGAUUAUGAAGUUAGCUAUGGAAAUAAAACCCUUCCCAAGAUUCAUCUGAUUUGUACACUGCCUCUAUUGACGUAUAAAGAUGUGAGCUCUUUCAGUUAUAAGGGAGCUAAAUCUCUUCAAAUUCAAGAACGGAUGUCAGAAUUGUUAACCGGGCUACAGAGAAAUCUGAACCAUAAAUGCGUGACUCGAGUCUACUUCCUGUAUAACGAACAAGACGUUGUGGACUUUGUCAAAACCAACAUCCAAACGAAUAAAAAAAAAUUAUCUUUUAAUCUUGUUAGCGAUCCGCGUAAUCAGACGGUCAUCUUUGAUUUCGCUUAUGAUAAUCUGCGGGGAAAACUAGUGUCGUAUACCUCGGCGGAUGUUUAUUUUGGAGAAGGAUUUGAAUUAAUCAAUAAACAACGGAUGGUUUCGAACAAGUUGAUGUAUAUCCUCAGUCGACAUGGCCGACAAGAAAAAUACUGUGACAUGCGCACAGAUUCACAAACCAAUGCAUGUGAUGCUUAUAAGGGCUCCCAUGAUACGUAUAUUUUUGUACCAACAGGAGAAUUUCCUACGGCGAUACGGAAACACCUAGCGGUAAUGGCGCAACAUUAUGGCGUCGAAAACAUGUCGAUCUGGGCUUUUAGAAAUCUUGGCAAGUUUACGGUCAUAAACCCAUGUAAGGUUUUAAAAACGUACCAUUUACAUUGUUCUCAGCUCCGUGAUGCCCAGAGAAGAAUGAUAAAUAGUUGGGACAUGGGAUUGGCAUUGGCAUAUCCCACCGAUGAUUUAUACAGUAACAGCUCGGUUAUCGCCCCUUCUUUUAACAUUUACGCCAUUUUACUGUUUCUUAAUUACUUUAUGAUUAAAUAUUAAAGUAUAGCUGCGUCAUUAAAAUUUUUAGGCAAAAUUCGCAAAUUUUCCCACGACUAAAUCCAUGCUACAAUUUACUCAAAUUAAUUAUUGAUCAUUUAAUUAAGAAAUCAAAAUAUUAACGAUAGGUAAUCUCCCGGGAUGGAUUCAGUCUAGCUUGUGUUGACAAUAUCCAGACAAUAAUAUAGUCUUCAAUUCAUUAUUUCUUUAUAAAUACUGAACCAGCGUUGGACUGAUAUUCACGAUGUUGUAGUUUGCAAAUUGGUUCUCAAAAGACGCCCAGGGACUUUAUUAACACCUAUUAUUUUUAUUUCAUUUUCGCUGGUCUUCUCAUUUUAAUUUCAUUAUUCUUACUAUUCAUCAACUUACCCUUGUAACAAUAUCUUUGUUAAUCCCGUAGGCCUAUUUAAAUCAGGAACAAGAACGUAUGUUAAGUAAACACACAAUCAUACAGGUGCAUAAAUAACAGGCUAGACCAAGAGGUCGUCUUUCUGCCCCUUGUCUACCAGGCUAGACCAAGAUGUCGUCUCUCUGCCUCCGCGCUACCAGGCUAGGCCAAGCUACCUACUCCAUAAGAAGUCGUCUCCCUGCCUAGACCAGGCUAGACCAAGCGACCUAUUCCAUUAGAAGUCGUCUCCCUGCCUCCGUGCUACCAAGAGACACUCCAGUAGAUGUCGUCUCCGUGCUACCAGACUAGACCAAGAGACACUUCAGUAGAAGUCGUCCCCCCGCCUUCAUCCUACAAAACUAGACCAAGAGGCCCGCGCUUUAAGCAGACAUCUGCCUGCCCCCGGGCUACAAUUUACAUAUGUUUGUGAAAUAGCUUAAUUUAUUAUAUUACAUCACGCGUCAUGCGUCGUCGUAUCAUGCAUUGUGUUUUAUUAUAUUAUCAGACUAUAUUAUGAGAUUAUCAGCUUAUAUUAUCAGACUAUAUUAUCAGAUUAUCAGACUAUAUUAUCAGAUUAUCAGACUAUAUUAUCAGAUUAUCAGCUUAUAUUAUCAGACUAUAUUAUGAGAUUAUCAGACUAUAUUAUCAGCUUAUAUUACCAGACUAUAUUAUGAGAUUAUCAGA